AUGUCCAUUGAGCUGCUCAAACCCAUUUGUGUAGUGGAAAAUCCAUUUCUUGUAUCCGAAAAUGGUAUGAAUUUUACAUGCGCUCUAAUCGGUUUGAUAUCCCUGCCAAUUCAAAUUUCGACAAUCUACUGUAUUCUGAAGAAAACACCGGGGACGAUGAGCUCUGUGAAGCAAAGCCUUACAAAUUUAAUUUUUUGGUUCAUAGUUUCCCAAAUUAUUUUUUCUUUCAUCGAAGUUCCUUACGUUUAUUUUCCCUAUAAGGCAUUAUCCUUUAUUGGGUUGGGCACCCAAAUUGGCAUUCCCGUUGUUAUUCAAUUUUAUAUAAUUUUGAUUGGAAACGCAGGAAAUCUCUUUUUCCUUAUCAUGUUAUUUGAGAAUCGUAGCAGUUCUAUUAUACUAAAUAGAUUGAAAAUUGACAAAGUUCCCUCUAGAGUUGUAUUUAUUUGUGUAAAUGUAAUUGGUAUUUUGAGUUUUCCAACGUUUCAAUUAUUCAAUCUUCAGGAUCAGUUUGAGGUGAAAAUUGAGGUUUUGAAGACCCUUCCCUGUCCAGCCGAAGACUUCUUCGAACCAUCAACAUUAAUAUUAGCAUUUGACGGUUUUUCGGAAACCUACAUUAUUUUUUCUUACGUUUUCAUGUUCUCUAUCGCCAUAUUUGAGAUGACAUUUUUCUCCGCAUGUUGUAUAUACUACUUGGUCUUUUCUACAACCACACAAAUUUCUUCAACGACACGAAAAUUCCAGCUUCGUUCAUUCUGGGCAAUCACAAUACAAACCCUUAUUCCGCUAUUAUUUGUGAUUAUACCAAUUACCGCAACGAUGACAAAAGAGAAACAAGGGUACAGUCAGGUGCAAAAUAAUCAGAUGGUGAUACUUUUCCUGAUGCAUAACGGAGUUGCUAGUUUGUCAAUUCUACUUGCACAUGCUCCAUAUCGAAAAUUCCUGAAAUCACUUAUUGUUCGGGAGAGGCAAAAUUAUAUUGUUUUUGUUUCAAGGGAAUUUAUGAAAUAA